CUAAGAGUCCAAGCGCGGUACUAGUCUCCGCUGUUCAAAUUCAUUCUCAGCGACUCGUCACAUACAUACAGUCAGUGAUGACCUUACCUAAACUGGUUAGAUUUCCACGUGAGGUCCGAUCGAGGGGUUGAGGACGUUGUGUCAAAUGCCGACCAGGGGGCGUUUCCAGGAAGAAAUAUCUCCCUAAUUACAUCCGAGCCUCACUGCAUAACUACCGGGUCUCGCUGGUAAGGCCCCCGUCGCCCUUUGGUCAUGAAAUCCAGUGUCAAACGUGACCACUAUGGCGUCCGAUCCCAAAUUCGUGAAGGCGGUUCCGACCACCAAACAGCGAAUAAAACGGGUAUCAGGAGACUUUCUGUGGGUCAAUUACCAGGAUGAUAAGUCCCAGAACCGUGAAUCUGUCCGAUCGAAACAAUCGUUUGUACGAACGAGACAUCAUCGAUUGCAAAGAGAGAAAAAAUCGCUUCAAUCGAAAUUGAUCGCAACGCCUGCCAGCAAGUGUCGGCCUUCAUCAUCCACGACCGGUGUCGUCGGUGAAUCCACUUGUGGGCGCUAUGAUCUAUCGAGCAAUCAAGACGAUGAUGAUCAUUUUCCUGAGCAAUCAGUCAUAAUGCCAUCCGUUCAAGUGGGGGUCCUGGAUGGAGUUCCCGAUCUAGUCAUCCAAACGAGGCAAAACCCGAACGUGUACUUCCAACACUAUCAUGUCUAUUCGGCGAGAUCGUGCUUUCCUCUUUGCCCAAGCGAAAUGACCUUUUGGUUCUGGAGGAAAGUACUCGACUACCCCCCUUUGAUGCAAAUAAAGCUAUCAAUCAGCGCUUCUCACCGAGCGGCAAUUCUCAGGGCUUCGGGAGCCCCUGCAUUGGUUGUGCAGAAGCCCAUGCAGGAUACGCUUCGCCUUCGCCUUGGAAUGAUCAAGGCAAUUCAAGAUAUCUUUCGGGAUGAAAGCAAAUUAUACACCGAGUCAACCGCCUUCGCCAUCUCUCACCUGAUCGUUUCCGAGGGCUUUGACGCUAAUAAAGAAGCCGUCGAGGCGCAUAUGAAUGGCAUGAUAAAGAUAAUAGCCCUGACGGGCGGAUUGAAUAAUCUUGAUGGAGGAACUCUUUCAAUGAUCUAUAGCUGUGUCUUCUUGCACGGAAUGAUACAAGAACGACCGCCGGCAAUUCCUAUGUGUGCCAAGUUUGAAAACCGAGUUCUUGAGCAAUCCACGAUUAUCAAGGCGAGCAAUAAUACUAUGAAAACGAAAGCCUCGACAUUGGGAGCUCGCUUCUUCAACGCUCCAUGGUCGAACCAGAUUCAACCGAGGUUCAAGGCACUGAUUUCCUGGUAUCAGCAGCUGGUCUCAUAUUAUGAGAAUUUGGGCACUAUCUCUGCUGAGCCAAUGUCGGUUGAGAAUGACUGCCUACUUUAUUUAACGCAUCGCCUCUUAUCUCUGCCAUAUGAGAUCUCCCUUACCCCCUUCGAGGAGAUUGUUCGACUAUCUAUAUUAGUCUACUCCUCCAUACGUGUUUGGAGUCUGUAUGGGAUGCCAUGCUUAGAGGUACUGGUUGGAACGCUCCGAAAAAGCCUGUGUAAGAGCUACCGCACUCUUCAAAGCACAAACAGCGACCUACUGUUCUGGAUACUUUUCGUGGGAAGCCUGGCAUCCAGGGGAAUGGAGUGUCAUUCGUGGUUUCUGGCACACCUCGUGGACGUUGCAGAUCAAUUAUCUCUGGAGGGUUGGGGCAGUGCUAUAUCAGUAUUGCAAGGAUUUUUGUUCGUUUGCCGGUCAGCAGACGAACCGGCGAAGGAACUAUGGAAUUUCACUCUUCGUGGAGGCAGCAUGACUGGACUAGGGGUCGUGACUACUCCGGUACACAAUGAUAUGGUAAUUAGAUGAAUGCAGUUCAUCAAAGAUACAAAGAUGCCUCAUAUGAAACACUUUAGGCCAGAUAUCGCUUCCACCAUUCUUCCUUUCGGGUGAAAGACUCGAGAAUAGCUUUCUGACCAUGCCAUCCGUGACCCUCGCCCUCAAAUUCAACGACCUCAGCAACUCUGCCCUUAGAAUGCAUCGCAUCGGCCAUCAUACGCGCUUGCGCGAUAGGAACAACCAUAUCCUCCGUUCCUUGCAACAGCAACAAUGGUGCCGUCAUCUGCUCUGCAUAAUAGCACGGACUGCGCUUUUUGAGUUCCGCCUCUCGGUCCUCAGGCUUGGUUUUGCUCAGAAGUAAUCUAUCCACGUCUUGACUCUCGAACUUGUAUGAAUCCGCUUGCAAAGCCUUGACGUCGCUGAUGCCGUAUGAGCUGAUUCCCGCUGCCCAGACCUCGGAAUACAUGUGGAGAGCACGGAGAGUCAAGUAACCUCCGGCACUUCCACCAUAAACUCCAACUCGGGUCUUGUCAACCAACCCCUUUUCUACGAGGAAUUCGACCGCGCUGACUGCGUCUCCCACAUCGACGAGGCCCCAGUAUCCGGAUAAUCGCUCGCGGUAUUCUCGACCGAAUCCGACGGAGCCAGUGUAGUUGACAGCACAGACGGCGAAGCCGCGGGUAGUCCAGUACUGGAUUUCGAGGUCAAGAGCGGGAGUGGUAGCCCCAUUCGGACCCCCGUGCACAUAUGUCAGGAGAGGAGGAAGGCUGUUCCCAUCAGCCUGGAAGUCAGGGUUGCGAGGAGCAAAGUAGAACAUAUGCACUUCGCCAUCUGUUAGAGGACCAUGUUUUUGCGGGGCAGUGUAGUCCGUCGCAGUUGAAACAAAUUCGGGCGCUAGUUCGAAUGACGCGGUAGAAGUGAGCACUUUCUUAGUCGUCUCGAACGAAGAAUUGAACGAGACAAACGCUAGUUCCUGGGGUGAGGUCUUUGAUGACCCAACAACUGCAAAGCUGGUGGCUGAAAUGCGACAAAUUGUAUCAAUAUCGACGUAAGGAAGGUCGAGGUCUCGGGUGGAUGAAGUAGUGGUAUCGAUGAGAACCACUUUGCUGGUAGCAUGGGUAAUCACCGUUGCCACGAUAGUCUUUUCAUCAAGCGAUGUGUAUGUAGAGCUUGAAAUUGGUUAGUAUUGCAGGAAAGACUUCGAUUGUGAGUUGGCACACACCUUCCAAGCUCCCACUCAGCAACUGCAAAGUCCGAGUUCUCCAUGCCCUUGAAUGUCAAAGCACAUACACGAGGGUCUUCAGGAUUAUAUGAAUACAACUGCCAGAAGCCGGUUGAAUCACUCGCAAAGUACAGUUUUCCAUCGAGACCCCAUUUCGGCUGGGCAAUACUCUCCUUCUGUGCUUCACCGGCAAUUCGCGUGACGUUUUCCAAAGAUCCAGAUUUCCACUCCGCUAGGUAGAGCACAGUACCCGUCCAAGGCAUGUCGGGAUGACUCCAUUGAAUCCAGGAAACGUAUUUUCCAGAAGGAUCGAAUUUAGGAUGAGAGUAGAAAUCGUCACCUUGGGCAAUGGUAAUUUCCUUACCAGAGUCUUUCGAAUCAAGCUCGAUGUCAAUCGCCACCAGCGUGUUAUGGACGUGCGUUGCUUGUGUUUCUGGGGUUGCCUCUCGGUGAUCCUCCUUGAUAGCAAUGAACCACCGCGGGUCCGUCGGGUGGCUAGAGAAAUCUGCGUAACGGAUGCCUUUCUCGGCCGGUUGAACGAGCGUAGUUUGAGCUGACGCAGGAUCCAGUAGAUAUAUAUUGCAAGAGUCUUCGUCUGAAAGUAGGAUCUUUCUAUCGGGUCUCAUUGAGACGGAUCCGCCUCCAAGUUCUUGCACGGUAGCGAGGGCACUGAGGUCUUUCGGGAGAACAUCUUUGGUUUCUCCAUUCAGAUGCUGCACGAUGGCAGAGCGGCCGUCUUCAACGGGGCGGCAUUCAACAGAGUAAAUGGCACCAUUUGAU